GCCCACUGGGCGAGCUUCUAGUCGACGAUUGAAGGACGCGACUGUUCCUUAAGGGCUUCCGCUCCAUGGGUUCGGUUGUGACUAGGAAGGAACUAGUGGACUAGAGCCAGGGUAAGGGGUUUUGCUAGAAGCUGGUCUUCCGCUAGGUCUAGAGUUUCCUUGCGGUAACAGACUCCGUGGCCUCCGGAGGACCAUGUCAUUAGACUUUGGCAGUGUGGCGCUACCGGCACAAAAUGAAGAUGAGGAAUAUGACAAAGAGGACUAUGAAAGAGAAAAGGAGUUGCAGCAGUUACUCACAGAUCUUCCCCAUGACAUGCUGGAUGACGACCUCUCCUCUCCUGAGCUCCGUUAUUCGGACUGCAGUGAGGAUGGCACGGACAGAGAACCUCAUCAUCCUGAGCAAUUAGAGAUGAACUGGAAUGUGCAAGUGCUGCCCAAAUCUCAAGGUAUAAAUGACUAUAAUGAAAUUCAGAAUUUAUAUGCUGGAGAAAAAUGUGGGAAUGUCUGGGAAGAAAACAGAAGUAAAACUGAAGACCGAUACCCUGUGUACCACCCUGAAGAAGGUGGAGAUGAAGGCGGAAGUGGUUAUAGUCCUCCAAGUAAAUGUGAACAGACUGAUUUAUAUCACCUCCCUGAAAACUUUAGGCCAUAUACCAAUGGUCAGAAACAGGAAUUUAAUAACCAACCAACCAAUAUAAUUAAAUUUUCAGAUCCUCAGUGGAACCAUUUUCAGGUUCCCAGUUGUCAAGGUUUAGAACCAUAUAAUAAAGUGAUAUAUAAGCCGUAUCAGUCUUCUGUCCCAAACAAUGGCUCACCAGCCCCAGAGAUAACAGGAAGUGACACAUUUGAAGGCCUGCAACAACAAUUUUUAGGAGCUAAUGAGAGUAGGUAUCAAGUUUAUAUUUAUUUUUUAAUACCACAUAAUUGGGGAAAUUUGAACAGUGAAUAUUUGAGCACAUUCAAGCAUUAUUAUAUCUUGAGUAUGACAAUAGAAUUGUGCUUGAUAUUUCAAAGAGCCUUAUUUUUAGAGAUAUAUACUAAGAGUAUUUAUGCAAAAACUGACAUGAAGUCUAGGAGCUACUUUAUGAAGUAUUCCAACUUUCAGAGUGAUUUGUACUUAGUUUUCACUGUAACGUUUUCUGGGGCUACAAAUUACCAUAAAUGUUUUAAUCCAAAUAAGACGAUCGUGACAUUGGGGUCCCUCUACAGUAACAUUUAUAUAAAUAUUUUUAAUACCAUAGAUGAAAAGGAUGGUUUGACUCUCAGCCUUCGAGAAUCACAGAAACUCUUUCAGGAUGGAAAAGAAAGAGAGAUACAGCUUGAAGCUCAAAUCAAAGCAAUGGAGACUCAAAUACAAGCAUUAAAAGUCAAUGAAGAACAGAUGAUCAAGAAGUCCAGAACAACUGAAAUGGCUCUGGAAAGCUUGAAGCAGCAGCUGGUGGACCUGCAUCAUUCUGAAUCACUUCAACGAGCUAGAGAACAGCAUGAGAGCAUUGUCCUGGGCCUCACAAAGAAGUACGAAGAGCAAGUAUUGUCCUUACAAAAGAAUUUGGAUGCCACAGUUGCCACACUUAAAGAGCAGGAAGACAUUUGCUCUCAUUUGAAAGAUCAUGUGAAACAACUGGAAAGGAAUCAAGAAGCAAUCAAGUUAGAAAAGACUGAGAUCAUUAAUAGGUUGACAAGAAGUCUAGAGGAGAGUCAACAGCAGUGUGCCCAUUUGUUGCAGUCUGGGUCAGUACAAGAGGCGGCUCAGCUGCAAUUCCAGCUGCAGCAAGCACAGAAGGCACAUGCUAUGGGUGAAAACAUGAACAAGGCUUUACAAGAAGAAUUAACGGAACUAAAAGAUGAAAUUUCUCUCUAUGAGUCUGCUGCAAAACUAGGAAUACAUCCAAGUGACUCAGAAGGAGAAUUAAAUAUAGAACUCACCGAAUCAUAUGUGAAUUUGGGUAUUAAAAAGGUCAACUGGAAAAAAUCCAAAGUUAACAGCAUUGUGCAACAAGAAUACCCAAAUGAAGAGCUUUCAAAAGAUGAGUUCAUUCUGAAGUUAAAGGCAGAAGUACAGCGUUUGCUGGGUAGCAACUCAAUGAAGCGUCGUCUGGUGACUCAGUUACAAAAUGAUCUCAAAGACUGUCAGAAGAAAAUUGAAGAUCUCCAACAAGUGAAGAAGGAUGAAAAAAGCAUCGAGGCUGAGACUAAAACAGAUACCUCAGAAAAACCAACGAAUCAAUUAUGGCCUGAAUCUUCUACUCCUAAUACUGUCAGAGAUGAUAUUCUGCUGCUUAAAAAUGAAAUUCAAGUUUUACAACAACAAAAUCAGGAACUUAAAGAAACUGAAGAAAAACUGAGAAAUACAAAUCAAGACUUAUGUAAUCAAAUGAGACAAAUGGUACAAGAUUUUGACCAUGAUAAACAAGAAGCUGUGGAUAGGUGUGAGAGGACUUAUCAGCAGCACCAUGAAGCCAUGAAAACUCAAAUACGUGAAAGCCUAUUAGCAAAGCAUGCUUUGGAGAAGCAGCAACUCUUUGAGGUUUAUGAGAGAACUCACUUGCAACUGAGGUCUGAGUUGGAUAAGGUGAAUAAAGAGAUGACUGCUGUGCAGGAAUGUUACCUAGAAGUAUGCAGAGAGAAGGAUAACCUAGAAUCGACUCUCAGGAAAACCGUUGAAAAGGAGCAACGGGCUCAAGAGAAGAUCAAAGAAAAACUCACUCAACAGCUUGAAAAGGAGUGGCAGUCUAAGCUGGAUCAAACUAUAAAGGCAAUGAAAAAGAAGACCUCCGAUUGUGGCAGCCAAACUGACCAAGUAACCACCAGUGAUGUUAUUUCCAAGAAAGAGAUGGCAAUCAUGAUAGAGGAGCAGAAGCGUACGAUCCAGCAAAACUUAGAACAAGAGAAGGACACAGCCAUCAAGGAGGCUGUGAAGAAACUUGAAAUGGAAUUGGAACUAAAAUAUUGUGAAAAUAUUACCAAACAGGUAGAAAUAGCUGUGCAAAAUGCUCGUCAGCGAUGGCUGGGAGAACUACCUGAGCUUGCAGAGUAUCAAGCACUAGUGAGGGCAGAACACAAGAAGUGGGAAGAACAGCAUGAGAUUUCUGUGAACAAACGGAUAUUAUUUGCUGUUUCUGAAGCUAAAGAGAAAUGGAAAAGUGAGCUUGAAAAUAGGAAGAAAAAUAUACUUCCUGGAAAGGAAUUGGAAGAGAAGUUUCAUUCUCUUCAGAGGGAACUCAAGUUAAAGAACGAAGAAGUCCCCGUGGUCAUCAGGGCUGAGUUAGCUAAGGCUCGAAGUGAAUGGAACAAAGAAAAGCAAGAAGAAAUCCACAGAAUCCAAGAACAAAAUGAACAAGAUUACCGGCAAUUUUUAGAUGAUCACCGAAAUAAAAUUAAUGAGGUGCUUGCGGCAGCUAAAGAAGACUUUAUGAAACAAAAAACGGAACUACUUCUUCAGAAGGAGACAGAAUUACAAACAUGUCUAGACCAGAGUCGUAGAGAAUGGACUAUGCAGGAAGCCAAGCGGAUCCAACUGGAAAUCUGUCAGUAUGAGGAAGACAUCCUAACUGUACUUGAGUUUCUUUUAAGGGAUACCCAAAAGGAGCACGUCAAUGAUUCUGAGGACACGCAGCUUUUGGAAAUCCUGUCGACUUGUUCUUCGAAAUGGAUGUCUGUGCAGUAUUUUGAAAAACUAAAGGCCUGCAUACAGAAAGCAUUUCAAGGUACACUUUCUCUGCUUACAGAAAACAUCGACCCAGAAUGGGAAAAGAGAAAUAUGGCCGAGCUCGCUAAGGAUUCUGCCAGCCGGGGCACUGGCCAAGGAGACCCUGGACCUACUGCUGGACACCAUGCUCAGCCCUUGGCCUUACAACAAACAGAAGCAGAAGUUGAUAAGAAAAAGAUCCUUGAAAUUAAGGAUUUAUGCUGUGGACACUGCUUCCAAGAACUUGCAAAGGCAAAGCAGGAAUGUCAAGAUCUGAAAGGAAAACUGGAGAAAUGCUGUAGGCAUCUUCAGCAUUUAGAAAGGAAGCACAAAGCUGUAGUGGAAAAACUUGGAGAAGAGAAUAAUAAAGUUGUAGAAGAACUAAUAGAAGAAAACAAUGACAUGAAGAAUAAAUUGGAAGAACUGCGAACACUUUGUAAAACACCACCAAGGUCAUUGUCAGCAGGGGCCAUUGAAAAUGCUUGCCUGCCAUACAGUGGGGGAGCCUUGGAAGAACUUCGUGGGCAGUACAUUAAAGCUGUAAAAAAAAUUAAACGUGAUAUGCUUCGUUAUAUUCAGGAGAGUAAGGAACGUGCCGCAGAAAUGGUAAAAGCAGAGGUACUGCGAGAACGUCAAGAAACCGCCAGAAAGAUGCGCAAAUAUUAUUUGAUUUGCCUCCAACAGAUUUUGCAGGAUGAUGGAAAAGAAGGGGCUGAGAAAAAGAUUAUGAAUGCUGCUAGCAAACUUGCUACAAUGGCAAAAUUGCUGGAAACACCUAUUUCUAGUAAGUCCCACAGCAAAACUACACAGUCAGCUUUGCCCCUAACUUCAGAGAUGCUGAUUGGAGAUGAAAAAUCAAAAAGAAAUGAUGUGAAUCAGAAAAUACCAUGUUGUAAUGUAAGCAAAUCAAACAGUCUAAACACCAUCACAAGAAGUGUGUGCGAACAAGUUCCCAAGAGGAGGGCUGCUUGUAACUUACAAAGGCUGUUAGAGAACUCAGAGCAUGGGAGCAGAAAGCAUGUGGGAUCCAAAGAGUCACAUUCAGAAUUCCAGUUUGGGGACAGUACUUGCAAGCACCUAAACAGUUUGCCAAAGAAAGCUUCUCAUGAGUUUGUUCCUUGCGAAGGUGAAGGAGGCUUUGGUUUGCACAAGAAGAAAGACCUACUCACUGAUAAUGGUUCUGAAUCACUUCUGCAUUCAGCUGCAUACCCCUUUCUUGGAACGUUAGGAAAUAAACCCUCUCUUAGAUGUACCCCUAGUCCUUCUGAAUCAGGAUGCAUGAAUAUAAUCUUUCAUGAUCCUAAUGAAAGACUUGGUUUAAAAGUACGUAAAUGCAAUCUACCAAUGGAAAGUGAAAAUGUGGCAUCUGAGAAAAGUCAAGCUUUGGGUGUUCAGGAACCUCCAGUAAGAGAUGGAGGGGACCUUAGCGACAACUUGGACUGGCCUUCCAGCAGUGCAACUUUACCCUUUGACAGUCAUCAAGCGUCAUUUGUAUGUAGUAGGCCACAAGGAACUGAAUCUGUUAAUUCUAAACAAUUUUCACCAUCCAGUUGUCUUUCAGAUACAGAGAAUAGUAAUACGAUUUGUCAAACAAUGAAGUGUAAGCAUGAUCAAACUCCAUACCUGUCAGAAGAAACCAAGUAUUUGCGGCCAGGAGAGAUCAAUGUGACUCACCAACCUCUGGCUCAUCACAAGGCUAAUAUAUUAAAGUCAGAUUUCAAAAAACUGAGCAGUACAUUACCAUCUUCAGUGUGUCAGCAGCCUUCAAGAAAAUUAAUCAUUCCGCUAUCUAGCCAACAAGAUAGUGGCUUUGAUAGCCCAUUUGUUAAUCUAGACUAAUUGUGGUACAAUAUUUAAGAAGAAUCGUUAAUAUAUUAAAAAGUAAAUGGAAAGAGAAGACUUCAUACUGAAAAAAACAAUUGUGAGCCCUGCCUCUUUUGAGAUCUGUUAUACAAGUAAAGCAUUCUUCUAAAAUUACUUGAGAUAUUUAUGUUGCCUUAAUGUUCCAAAGGCCGGAUGGUGUAUGUAUAAUCUGCUUUUGUGGGAUGCAUUUUUGCUUGCUAAACCAUCUAUUUUUAUACUCAUAAACUGACUCACUCUGCAGUGUUAAAUUAUUUAAAUAAACUUGCAUGUGGUCUGUAGAA